AUGGGCCUUAGUAAUAAUAAUAUUUUAUAUGCAGCACAAAACGCUUCAAGAUUCGAAUUUGAUCCCGAAACAUUGAAAGAUAAGCGCACAGCAGCUGUUAUCGAUAUAUACAGUCAAUGCAGCUUCCUAGUGCGCAUGUUUUACAUGGGAUACACCAGUAGUGCUCUUAUAAUGCUACGCUUAUUGGAUAUAGCACAAAACUUUGACCAAACAUUUGCUGUAAUGGACUAUAAGCCAAACGUAUUUGAGAAACAUGGACCAAACGACAGUUUAAACAAAUUGAACAUGAAUAUAAGAGAUGGUGACUUUACUCAGGCAGUCGAAUCAUAUCGCUCUGAUCAAGUCGGACUCACGUAUGGUUUGCCAAGUCGUAACAUCAUCAACAAGGCUAAGGUUUCCCAAAUUUCACAUUUAAUGGCAAUAAAUAAAUUGGUGAAUACAAAAAACAACGUUAAAUUGGAAUUAGCUGUAGCUGAAGCAGAUUGCCAUUUACAUAAGAAACACAUGGAUUUACUGGCCUCAUACGAUACAGUUAUAACUUUCUCUGAAGAUGGUGAUCACUUAUUACCUUACAAGCCUGGGCAGGGUAAAAUAUUGGCUAAUGCUUUAGCUGCGCUAAAUGGGCUUGAAAAGACAAGGUACUACUCACAAAACAAGUUCUAUAAUUUCAUGUCAUCAGAAUACCAUUUAACAAGAGAUCAGACUUUAUUAUAUUGGACACUUACAACCGACAACAGCUGUAGACGCCCCAAUGAUCUAUAUAUAAAUGAAGACAAAAGGUUUAAUGCGGUUGCAUAUGACGCCGUGAAAAAAUUCAAUUUAAAUAUCGACAAAGUCAUUGAUCAUAUAAUUACUACAGUAUAUAGUAGCUGUAAUAGCGACUAUACACAUAUAAAGCGUAAACAUCUGCAGAAAUCAUUAGCUAAGACUUUCUAUCAAUUAUGCCUAGAAGAUGCAGACAUCGAAUAUUUAAAUUUAACAUGUAGCAAGGAUCUGGACACUGCGGUCAAUAACUUCUAUAAUAAGCUUUUAAAUAGGAAAUUGAACUUGCAAAAACAGAAGGAUAUUCACCUCCUGCACAUCCUUCUAGGAAACCUCAAGGAAGAUGCGCCUUUCCCAAAGGACUUUCCCAAAUUGUGGCAGGCUGAAUGUGAUGCAAUCGCAAAAACAGUUGUGUUACCUGAAGGUCUGAUUUUAAAGGCUGAGAGCUCAUAUCCAAUCCUUAAGAUAGAAGCUGAAUCAGAGAGAGAAUUACCAGCCACUUGUGACAAGUGUGGAAAGGUCUGCAAAAAUGUCAUUGGAGUGCGUAGACACAAAAAAUCUGCACAUAACGAAACUAAUAGAAAGAGGAAGAGGACCGACCACAUCUGCAACUGUGUCAUUUGUGAUGAACCUAUAAACAUGAGAGGGUACCAGAAUCACAUCAAUGCCCAUGUACGCGUGUGCAUAGAGGAGGAUUUGUUAUGGAGAAUUAAGCUGGCUGUUGGACAAUUAGUUCACAAGUAUCAUAGGAGAUUCCAAAGGCUUCAAGCUAUAGUCUUGGGAUGAGUGAAACACUAAUAGCUGUAUUAUUAGCUGUAUUCCCAACUGUAUUCCUAACUGCUGUAUUACUAACUGUAUUAUCAGCUAUAUA